CUGAUGUGGCGGGGAUGGUUGAAUUGGCCUGAGAAAAUAAGCGGCUAGCAGUCUGUCAAUAUGAAAACUGUUUUCAUUCUCCGUCGGACACGAAGGCGGCAUGGAUCACAAAUAGAGUUGGCUGUUAGCACAGCUUUUAUUUCUUUCAUCAGCCACUUGAAGGCAUUUCUGUGCAGACGAACAAAUCACCACGUUUUGCCCCUGACGAGACAAUCUCGCGCGCGAUUUCCCGUCAAUGAACACACGGUUUGAAGAAAGAACAAAAAAAAACGGUCAUCUGCACGAUUUUUUGUAUUGCCUGCGUUCUGUCACGCGCGCGAAAACACUGUCAACCGAUUGACGGACGAUUGACACGCGAGGGUGACACGAGAACCGCGUGAGUGACAAGUGGAUCAAGGGACAAGCAACUCGUGAUUGUGGGUGUACACGGCAAUGCGUCGCGUCGCAUGGUCCACGCGUUGUGCUAAAAUGUGCUCAUACCAAAAUAUCGCGGAUUCCGCAGCAUGCUCCAGCAGGUUCUCCCUCGUGCAUUAAACAGUGAAUCUGCGCAUGAUUAUUUAUGGGUUCUUUUUAACUAAAUUUCCCAUCGUGUGUGCGGUGUGGAGUUUUUCCGGCUCUUGGCAAAAAAAAAUUGGGGAUGGGGCACCACGAGACAUUCUCAACUUUUCCCGCCACUUUUCGCCGUCUGCGUGCGUUAUCUGCGUAAAGCAAACGGAAAAACAAAAGACAACACAACAAAAAAGAUGAAAAACCAUUCGUCUGAGCCCAAGUGCGACAAAUGGUGAGAAUUUCUAGUAGAAAAGCAAACUGCCAGAGAUUGAGGAAAUGUGUGAAGGGAAAUUGUUUUAAAUGGUGAACAAUAAUUUGUCACUUGGAGAGUAACUCUGAGCGCGCAAGAGAGAAAAAAAAAGUGAUAUGGUGUGUGAGGAAGAAUAGGAAAGAAGUGGAAAAAAAUAGCUCCAGCAACUAGUGUGAAAAUAUAUUCAUUCCACUUGUUGGCACCCAGUACCACCCCCUAGCCGCUUUUUUUUGACGUGCCCGGGUGGUGUGAGUGCCACGCACAUGCUUCACGGUCCGGCGCUGAUAGCGCGCGAGUUGGCCUACGAACAGUGAGAGAGAGAGGGUUUUUUUUUCGGGUGGCCUACUAUCCAGUGAAGUAAAUUGUGAUUGAUGGUGGUGUAUGCAUAGAUGGGAGAAGGUGGACCAUGUCCAUUCCCGGGGAUUUGUGGCACUGUCCGCGAGAGUGGCAUUGAAAAACGCGACACUGAUUAACACAACCAGGCUUGACCAAUUGAGAAAUCUCCGCCAGUGUCACCGGACACAUCGUCACACAGGAAGGAACACGCAGACCGCUCCGGCUCAAAAGAAGUUCCAACACUGAUUAGAUGUCUACAGCAAUUGUAACUCAUCAGGAGGCACAAUUUGAGGUUUUCUAGUGUGUCGUGGUUCAAAGAUGCGUUCAAAGCAGCAGCCUCGACCUUCAUAUCAUCGAUGGCUGAAACCUGAAGAAAAUGAAGAAGGAGAUGAUGCUCUCGAAAGUCCCGAACAGAAAGAUGUAUUAACGUCUGGGUCAGCUAGUCCAUCAUCAACACAAUCUCUUGAGGGUGCUCCAGCAACAACAUCAUCAACAAUGCUCAGAGAUCCGGAAUCGCAUCAUUCCACCACCCCCACAAGUCCGCAGCCUCCGCCGCACUUGAUUGAUUCACACGAUGACGUCGAGCACAACAUACCUGCUACCCUCAUACAAGACCCGAGUGUCGAGCGUGAGCUGUCGAGUCCACGAUGCCUGUCGAGAGACUCAUCAGUGGGCGGUCGUUGCCCUUCCGACGACUCCAUGUACUCAGGCAGGGGUAUGACGGGCAGCAAUGCCACAAGCCCUGUGGCCAUCACCCUACCCGCCACACUCCCUCCCGCUGCUGCUGCAGCACUGCUACCACCGCAAUCUGCUGCAAUGGCAGCCUACCUUGGUGUAGCAGCUGCAGCAGCCCAGCAAAACCGACUUCUGUUCAAUUCCUCCCUUACGGCGGGACUCACCCGAGCGGGUUCGCCGCCGUUGCUGUCGCUCGGGUCACACCUAGACAGCGACGUAUCCGUGCUGGAUUUCAGCACAAAGCGUAGCGCUAAGAGUACCGACUCGCGUGAGAGUGAUAGUGAUGCUGUGAAUCUGAGCAACAAGUCUGAUAACGGACCGCUAGAUCUGUCGGUGAAUAGAAAGAGGAAUGCAGAUAGUCAUUCGCCACAGAUGCCGAGCCGUAAGCAAGCUAGGCCAAUCGACUACAAACCUGUGGUAUCACCAUGGACUUCACCCGUAACACCGUACUUUGCAGCAGCCGUUGCAGCUGCUAGUAUUUCUCCGAAGAAUCACAGUGCAGCGGCCGAAUGGGCCAGUGCUAAGGGAAAAAUGGGAUCGGCACCAAAUGACGCCACAAAAGCUUUGGAGAAAAUGUCAGAACUGAGUCGAUUGGGUGGUGAAGAUAUCUACAAACAACAUGGAGGAUCACUAAAUCGUGACGCGAACGCAGUGAGUAGUGGGGGGAGUUCAGGAGGUGGGGGCAGGCACAGUGCUUGGCAGUCGCAUUGGCUCAACAAGGGAGCUGAUUCAGCUAAGGAUGUGUUGAAGUGUGUCUGGUGCAAGCAAAGUUUCCCCUCUUUGGCCGCCAUGACGACUCAUAUGAAAGAGACCAAGCACUGUGGUGUAAACGUACCACCAUCUGGAGGUAUGUCUCAGGCUCAGCCUCAUCCUCCAAUACCAACUUCUUCCUCCUCAUCUGGCUCCAGUUCGUCAACGGGUAAACCCUCUUCGUCGGAUCUCAAUCUCCUCAUCAAGGAGACCAUGCCGCUGCCAAGGAAACUUGUCCGUGGUCAGGAUGUCUGGUUGGGUAAGGGUGCCGAGCAAACACGGCAAAUUCUGAAGUGUAUGUGGUGCGGACAGAGUUUCCGAUCUCUCGCCGAAAUGACUAGUCACAUGCAGCAGACGCAGCACUACACAAACAUCAUCUCGCAGGAACAGAUCAUAUCCUGGAAGUCUUCGGAGGACGGUAAGGGUCCAGCUGGUCCGGGUAAUCCCAACAGCUCAAGUGCCAACCAAAAUACCGGACCCAAUAGCACUGUCAGUGCCGUUCUCACCUGCAAAGUAUGCGAUCAGGCUUUCUCAUCCCUCAAGGAUCUCAGUAAUCACAUGGUCAAGAAUGCCCACUACAAAGAACACAUUAUGCGAUCCAUCACAGAAAGUGGUGGUCGACGGCGGCAAACCCGUGAAAAGAGGAAAAAAUCUCUGCCCGUAAGGAAACUUCUGGAACUUGAAAGGGCUCAGCAUGAUUUCAAGAAUGGAGAAACCAACAUGAUGUCCAAGACUAUGAGAGAGGCCGCAUCGGGUAGGAUAACGUGUGAAAAGUGCGGUGAUAAGAUUGAUACGGUUUUGUUUGUGGAACACAUCAGGCAAUGUGUUGGCGGAGCUAUCAAUUCCCAUAGAGUGAAGCCGCCAUCUCUUUCUGGUGCCAACAGUAUUCUUCCACCGUCGGAGAGUGUUAGUCCACUGACUCCUGGUAGUCGGGAUGGUAGAAAGAGCAUAGGGGACGAGAUACCAUCUCCAGCUUCUAGGCAUAUCUCUCCGAAUGCUGCGGAUUUGUCCUCGCCCAAAGAGAGUUCGCAGGAAAAGAGUUCAUCUUCCCCAUCUGUUCUCAAUGCCAUUGAACAACUGAUUGAGAAGAGUUUUGACACACGAUCAAGGCACAGCGGAAGUGGAAUUCAGGGUCCGAAUCAGAAUUCUGCACCAUUGGGAUCUAGUAUCUUGAAACGCUUAGGUAUCGAUGAGAGUGUUGACUACACGAAACCAUUAAUUGACCAUCAGACAAUGAACUUGCUCAGAAGUUACCAGCAACAGCAAGUAUAUGGUCGACGAGAGAGGAGUGGUAGUGAAUCUAGCUCUUUCUCUGAUCGUGGAAGUAGUCGUGUGGAUUCCUUGACACCUGAAAGGAAGAUAGAUCAACCUCUGCAGUCGUCAACACCGAGACUCACGCCUGAGAAGCAGGAGGCUGAAGAUCUCAGUGAAACGUCGGUGAAGAUCAAGCGUGAACCUGAGGAGGAAGAGAAACGCGAUCGUGAAGAGGCAUCAAGUGGAACGGUUACGAUUAAGAAGGAAGUUGACGAUGUUGAUGAUGCUCGCCCAAAGAGUCGAACUGGAGACUCAGAGGCUGAUGCUGAUGGUGGGAAAAUCCGAUCCAGUUCCCUUUCUAGUCCAAUGCCAAGUCCCCGGCAUACCCCAGUGACACCAGCUGCAAGUCCUGGGAGUGAUAGAUCAACUCCGAGGUCUCAAGUCAAUGCAGGAGAAUCGAAGAAAGCCGCAGCUGGUGGAAGUCUAGGAGCGCUAUCUUCGAUGUUUGACAGUCUGGCUGGCGGGGGAAGUAGCAAUGCAGCUGCAAAUGAAGGUGGAACGGGUUCGGGAAAGAAGGGUACUUCGCAUCCCUUGGCAGCACUUCAGAAGCUUUGUGAUAAAACCGAGACGAAUCAAAAUUCCCGCACAAAUUCUGCCUCCAGUAAUUCAUCGCUGGCGUCAAACAAUCCGAAUGUAUCUACGAGUGCUACGGCUCCGGGUGCCAUCUUGGCUUUCAGUUGGGCCUGCAAUGAUGCCGUUAUGACGUCGGAUUCGAUCAUGAAGUGCGCCUUUUGUGAUACACCUUUCAUUUCCAAAGGGGCCUAUCGUCACCAUCUGUCGAAGAUGCACUUCGUCAAGGACGACGUCAUCCCCGAUCCCAUAACGGUGAAGAGUCAGAAACAGAUCCCACCAACGACGUCACAGUCGUCGCCUAAGAGCUCACCUGUGAGUAGCGGGAAUGGCGUGGCUCCGAGUAGUUCAAGGGAGGGUACUUCCUCAACUACCACAGCUUCGGCGUCAAAUUCAGCUUCAGUUCCCACGAAGAGUCCACCACCGGGCAGUGGUGUAUCGUUUGAGGAGAGUCCACAUUCCAAAUUCCUAAAGUACACCGAAUUGGCCAAGCAGCUGUCGUCGAAGUACGUAUGACAUUCCUAAGAAGUGCAAGUUCUGGGUAGGAAUUCUCUAACUCUGUGAACGCUUCACUAGUGAACGAUUGAAUGCGAAAAAUUGACAAGUGAAACACAUAACCUCAAAGUGAUCGUUUCACGUGAAGCUAUCUCAACUAGUAUUUGACAGGUGAUCACUUAACAAGGUUACAGAAUUCCGCCCCUGGGUAGGAAUUCUCUAACUCUGUGAACGCUUAGUGAACGAUUGAAAGCGAAAAAUUGACAAGUGAAACACAUAACCUCAAAGUCAUCCUUUCACGUGAAGCUAUUUCAACAAAUAUUUGACAGUUGAUAACUUCACAAGGUUACAGAAUUCCCCCCUGGACGUCACUGCUCAGCACUGUGGCGUCAGAUCGGACCCAAAAAGGUAAAUCCGAUUUAACCCUAUUUCACUCAGCAUCAACUGAAUCUCGUGUAAAAAGUCCUGUGUAAAAAGGUGAAACUCUUUGAUAUUCUUAAGAAAUAUCAUGUGAUGCAACAUAUCUCUUGCGAAAAACUGUCGUUAGGAAGCAAAGAUGAAUUGUGGUGUUGAGGUUAUGUUACACCGCUAACCCCUUUUUUUUGGAAAUUCCGGGGAUAUUUUCAGACAUGAAGAAAGCAAAACCCUGUAAAUUGUAGGCACAUAGAGAGAUGAAACCUCAUACUUUUUCUAAUUAAAUGUAGGGUAUACCGAUAGGAAACAACAGCCGUAGAUCAAGAAAAAUUGCAUAUAGUGAUUAGGCACAAAUUCUUUUUCGGAUGAAACGCAAAUCACUGACAGAGAAAACCUUCAUAAAACUGACGCUAUACGAAUUGAUUGUGAAAUGUAAAUUUUUAAAAAAAAAGUAUUUAAUAAACAAAAAUUCACCCACUUAUCCUUCGAAAGAACAUUUUUGAAUAUUUGCCAAAAUUUACGAGGAAACAUUAAUGAAAAAAAACAUUAUGAAUUGUAACACUGUAUACGUAAUUUUUGAAAAAAACAAAUGAACUUAUAAAAACUCCCCUUUAAAAAAAAUAUUCUUUUUUUCUAAAUAAAGGAAACAUGCCCAGAAAGAGAGCCAAUACUUCAAAAUUUCUUUCAUGCCGAAUAUUUUUUGUGAUUUUAUGUAUAGUGAAAAAAAAAUACACAAUUUGUAUACCGAAAGUUUCAAUCAAUUAAAAAGAAUAAUAGCAUUAACAGAAAAAAAUAGUUAAAACAGAAAAAGUUUCUGUAAGAUAUACGAUCUGUAAUAAUUUAUUGAAGGAUUUAAAAAAAAGUCUAUAUAUUUACGAGAAUCUUGGAGAUAGAAGUGAAGAUAAAACACCUUCCUAAGGUAUUGAAAAAAAAUGUACUAAAUAUAAAUUUUUUGACUAGAGUAGAAAUUUAAAAGAAAAAGCAAGGCAAGAGAUUAACUGAAAAAACAGAAACCCACAGCAUUUAAAAAGAAUCUUAGUAAACUAUAAAAAACAGAAACUAAAACACUUUCCGUGAAAAAGAAUAAAAAAAGAAAUUUAAUAAAUGAAAUCUUGCGAUAUAGUAAAUGAAAAACCAGAAAAUAAAGUUUAGCCGAAAGAAUUGAUCAUGGAAAUUCUUAAAAUAUUCUAUUUAAAUAAAAAAGGGCCGUGCAUUUUAAUAAAAUUACUGUGUAAAUAGAAAUUUUUUGAGUAAUUAAAAUUAACUGAUGCAGCAUUGAUAAUUUGAAAAAUUGAAAAUCCCAGAAAAAAAACAAAAAAAAAUUAUUAUUAAUAUAUUUGUCUCUGUGAGUAAAGAAAAAAAGAUACAGCAAGUGUAUUAAUAGUAAUUUGGAGAAAAGAAGUAAAUAUAGAGAGUAAAUCAAUAAUAUUUAUUACAUAAAAUUAUAUAUUAUUAUAUUGAGACUUAAUAAUAUUAAGUAAUAUUGACAAAAAAAAAUCGUAUACGUAUUUCUUGUAAUCCAAUUAUAAAAUUAAAAAGAAAAAAGAAAAGAAGGAGCAGAAGAGAUAGUACGAGAAAAAUCUUUAAAAAAAAAUUAGUGAACAGAAGAAAUUAAUAAAAAAAAACUCAUCUCUUAUUACUUGUUUCUUCUUUAUUGUUUUUUUUUGUUUACUUAAAAAUAGCUCAAAAAAACAGAGAUUCCAUUUUUUAUUUAAUUUUUUUCACAAACUCUGUAGCAAAGCAAAAAAAAAAGAAUUUCUUCAUGGAAAGAAAAAAAUUAUACGAAGAAAAUAAACUUGUAAUAAAUUACUUGUAUUUAUCAUGGAGAACAAUUAAAGGAAAAAAAAUAUUACAUAAAGAAAAAAAUCUAAAAAAGAAGUAAUUAUAAUUCAAAUGGACAUAAAAUUAACGCUGUAACAUUAAAAAAAAAGAAGAUAGAAGAUUGAAAGGCGAAAGAAAAUGAUGAAAAUUAAGUUGAAAAGAAAAAGGAAGUGAAAAGCUAAUCAAGUCUUAAAAAAAAAAAGAAAAAAAACAUACGAACAUUAUGUAUACGCCAAGCUGUCAAGAAAAAUUAAGUGAAAAAUAAAAGAAAAGUUGAAAAAUUUA